AUGAAAGCGAUAGGGUUUGAUGACUAUCAAACACCAAACAAGGGUAGUAGGACACAGGCCCAAAACCUCGCGCUGGAGGCUGAUGUUCUUGUUAAGAAAGACGAUGAGGAGGCUUCGGGUAAAGAGGAGGGUGAGACGAUUGAAAUACAAAUAAUUGAUAGCAUUCAAAAUUUUGCUCGUGACGUAGAGGGUUAUGAGGGUAAGUUAAAAGAACUUAAAAAGCAGAAGCCCGGGGUGCGAAGGCUUCAGAAUAUUAAUGAUCUUGAGAAGGAAUUGAGGAAAUUGAAGGAUGAUAAGAAGGAUGAGCUGGGUAGGCACGGUCUACUAUCAUCCAAAAUUCACAAUCAGUUGAAAAAUAUCAAAGACACCCUCAUUAAAAUAGCUGGAGAUGAUACCUCAUUACGGGAGAAGCUCAGUAUUCUCUUCAAAGAACAGGGUAUUACUAUUGCCAGCAUUGUCUCAGCCGUGGGCUUAUUAAUAUCAACCCUGGUCCUGGCGCUAAAAGGUGGUGGGGCAGCAGGAGGAAGUGCUGGAGGAGGUAGUGGUAGCAAAGGGUUUGUGAGAAAGCAGCUGGAGAGACUGGGAAAAUUCCUUAAAUAA